GUCUGGAAAAACCAUUUCUGCAUUGGAUUCCGGUGAUUCAAAUGCAUCAUUUUGAAUAAGCAGGUCAUAUGUGCAUGACACUAUGACUCAUUUCAGUGGGAACAAUCAACUCUCACAGGAAAUCACCUUCAAUGAGGUGUGAGGUAUAGUCAAUGUCGUAAAAGUCAGAUUUCAUUGGAAGCCUGAAUGCUACGGCGUAUUAGCCCGUACUUGCAACUAAAAUUUCACAAGAAUCCAUCUUUCACAAAUCGGAGCUUGACGAGAUAAAAAAACUCCGGCCGAUUGGACGCUAUCGGGCUGUGUGUAGGCCGGAGAGUCCGGAUGGCUGUAGAAAUCUACGGUGUAUACACACAGACGCACAAACAAGCCGUUCAUUGAGGAGGCAAAGUAUUUUUCAAAUAGCGAAGAACCCUUCAAAAAAGCAAAACUCUACAAUCAGCUUUCAUGCGGGCAAUAAGUAUAAAGAAUUUUAACAGAAUUGGCGGAGGUGAUCUAGACUUUUCAACUUGAUAGACAUUAGAUGACAAUUUUUUUUUUCUUUUAUCUACAAAUCCUGCAGUUCGAGAGAAAUCAUGGGAGGAAGAAAACAAAUUUGAAACUUUCAAUUCUAUCUUCCCAUUUUAUGGUCAUGGGUUCCAAACGUCCUACGGUCUCCUUUCACGAGAUAAAAUAUGUAUUGUAAAUGAAAAAUUAUGAGCUAAAAAGUUAACAAAUUCGAAAUCCAAUUUUCUUUUCUGUCAAGAAGGAAUGAAGCAAUAAUUUCACCCAAAUUUUCACGUUUUCCACAGCGCAUUAAAGUUUUACGAAUAAGCUCAAUGAAGACGAAUUCAAGUACUUCCCAUAAAUGAUCAGGUCCACUAUCACGAGGAAAUAGGAUUUUCAUUAAGCGCAAAAUGAUAAAUUCUGAAAAAGAUUAUGAAAAUACAAAAGCUUCUGUAGAAAUUCGGGAAAAAUUGAUUGAAAAAAAAAACAUGCAAUAACAUGUGCAAAAAAUUGAUUACAUACCAUAUUUGAGGAUAGUAUGCAAGGAAACAACGUAGACAGAAUCCUCAGUGCAAUCUGAGUGCCAGUGAUCUUUAGCUGUUCCUUCCCUUCAUUCACAAUGGAUAGGCCUACUUAUUUUCUUGAUCCCUGAAGCCAACUCCCCACAACAUCCUCUCCACCAUACCAUCACCGUCUCUCCUAAUAGUACCGCAUAAGCUCUGAGGAACAGCAACAAGAAGAGAGGGAAAGAAAAGAAAGAAGAGAGAAAUGGCACCGAUUGCAGUAGGCAACUCCCUUCCGGAUGGAACCAUCUCUUACUUCGACGCCGAUGACAAGCUGCAGGAGGCCACCGUCCAUUCCCUGACCGCGGGGAAGAAAGUCAUCCUCUUCGGUGUCCCAGGAGCCUUCACGCCUACCUGCAGCUUGCAGCAUGUGCCUAGCUUCAUCGACAAUGCUGAGGAAUUGAAAUCAAAGGGCAUCGAUGAAAUUUACCUCAUCAGUGUUAAUGACCCCUUCGUGCUCAAGGCUUGGGCUCAGACGUACCCCCACAACAAGCAUGUCAAGUUCCUUGCAGAUGGGUCUGCUGCUUAUACUCAUGCCCUUGGCCUUGAGCUUGAUCUCACUGAGAAAGGGCUCGGUGUCCGCUCCCGCAGGUUCGCGCUCUUGGCUGAUAACCUGGAAGUAAAGCUUGCCAACAUUGAAGAAGGGGGUGACUUCACCAUCACCAGUGCUGAAGACAUCUUCAAAGCUCUCUAGAUGUGUGCCAUCUAUGCCAUAUUUGCCUUUAGUGCUCUCUAUCAUUCUUUUGCUCAAUUAGACUUUGCUUUGUUUUUCUAUUUAGCGCAUGGCAAUGUUAUUUCGCUAAGCGAUGCUGUUUUGCUGUUGAACAUGAUUCUUGGAGCCAUGAUUGAACUCGUUCCGAUGUUCGAUUCAAUUCCUUACAGUGUCAAUCUUAUUCUUCUUGUUAAGUUCAA